CAAUAGUUCAUUCCAGCAGCUGUCGGAACCUAUGGGCGGUGCGCCGUGGACCGAGCUUCGAGCUGCAGGCUGCGUCUGUGGACUAUCCCUCUCUGAUUCCUCUGUGGUUUAUGAAGUUUUGCUGACGCCACAGCACUGCAGAAACUGGAACCCCCCGGCUUACCGGCAAGAGAGGCACAAUUACUAACCAAAUCAAAUUACCGACUUUCCGUUCAUUUUAUUUCAGGUGCGCUCCCAGUCCCAAUUUAAAGACAUCAGUUAAUAUCGCUUAUAUUUCCACUCCUAUAUUUUUUUAAGCCGAGGAAGAUUUGGGCUUGAAGUGACUAAAUUGUUUUUUUUAUGGAUCUGCUAAAGGAAUGAAUACAACUGCAGAGGGAGAACGGAUAAGUGCGUGACUGGAUGAAAAAAAUGGAAUGCAAAGAUCUGGACACCGGUUUAAGGGAAAAUGGCUUGCCCGCGGGCAAAUCUUUCCCCUCCACUCCUGAAGCCAGGCCCAGUGAAGAGAAAGAUGCAUACAGCAUUCUGAAAACAGACUCCUCCCCCAACCAGGACUCCUCCUCCACAACAGACUCCUCCCCUACAACAGGCUCAACUAUCAAAGCAGACUACUCCUUAAAGCCAGAAUUAUCCUCAAAACCAGACUCCACUUCCAAACCAGACGCCUCUACCAAACCAGACUCCUCUUGCAAACAAGCCUCUUCUGUGAAAACAGACUCCUCCUCCAAACCAGACUCCACAUUAAAGACUGAUGGUUCAUUGCCCCCCACUAGCAGGAAAGCUGGUCUUCAGAACAAGAAAGCAGAUGGACCAAAGCUGGAGGAGAGGCUGAAGCUGGCGAAGGAGCGGCGGGAGGAGAGGGCCCGAUACCUGGAGCAGCGUACCAAACAGCAAGCGGCGAAGAGGGCGCAGUGGCUGGAGAAGGAGGCGCGCGCUCGGCAGCAGAGGGAGCGGCAGCUGGAGGACCGCAGGAGGAAGCUGGAGGAGCAGAGACUGCGGGCGGAGAAGAGGCGUGCCCUCCUGCAGGAGAAGGAGCGCCAGAAACUGGAGAAGAACAAGGAGCGAUAUGACGCAGCAGUCAGAAGAUCAUCCAAGAAGACAUGGGCUGAGAUCCGUCAGCUCAGGUGGUCUUGGGCUGGAGGCCUGAACCAGACAUCCAGCAGAGAGAGUCGGUGCUCGACCUCGACUGUUGCCUCGCCGAAACGCGUGGAUUCGGUUUUUGCCAAGCGUCUGUCCAAGUCCUCAGCCUCGCUCUGGAGCACUCCCAGCGGAACCCGCAGUCUGCAGCUGAGUGCAAGGGAGAGUAAGAUCGUGGAGCGGCUGAUGACCCCCACCCUCUCCUUCCUGGCCAGGAGCCGGAGCACCAUCCUACUGAGCAGCGCCAAGGACUCACACUCAUGCCUGCGCUCACAGUCCGCCAACCCCCUGUCUGCCUGCACCCACACCUGCUCCGGGCACCGGAAGGUGUCCGCCAGCACACCCGACAUCACCCAGCGCCAGCGGAGGCUCGACUCCACCCCGGAGGAGAAGAAGAAGAAAAAGAAGAAGAAGGAGAAGAAAGACAAAGAGAGAGAGAAUGAAAGAGAGAAGGCCAUGGGGAAGGAGAAGGACCAGAAACCGCGACGGCCCCUCAAGCAGAGAGUGGAAACCAGCAGCGCUCCAAGAACUAGAAACCAGCUCACUCCACCAACCAAGACCUCCCAGAACAAGCCCACCUCCCCCAGCCCUGCUGCCUCUUCUGUGGGCCCCAAAACACGCCCCAAGAGGUCCAAAACUCCUGCCAGGGUGCAACUUCAGGCAACCUCCCCAGUUGCUGUGGAGACAGUUGGAGAGUCAGACAAGCCAGUCGGCCCUGAGGACACAAAGAGCUCCACCAGUGUUCCUCCAAACGUGGUGUCCUCUGCGCCAACCACAGCCCCCUCCCAGUCACCCUCCACCCCCCCUCCCUCCACCCCCUCUACCUCUGAGCCCUCUCCCUCUAGCCCCUCUCUCUGCACCCCUUCUACCUCUGCCCCCUCUACCUCCGUUGCCUCUCCCACCACUCCCGCCCCCUCGCCCUCCACUCCCACCCCCGCUCCCUCUCCGUCCACCCCCGCUCCCUCUCCCUCCACCCCAGCUCCCUCUCCCUCCACCCCAGCUCCCUCUCCCUCCACCCCCUCAUCCUCGGGCCCUGCCCCGGCCUCGUCACAUACUGGUGGCAAGCCCACAGCCGGCACCACCGACCAGGAACAGGCGGCGCGCAGCCUAGCAGAGAAACGGCGGCAGAUUCGUGAGGAGCGGGAGAGAGAGGAGCAGGAGCGGCGUGAGCAGGAGGAGAGAGACCGGGUUCUGCGUGAGGAGCGGUUGGCGUGGGAGCAGGAGGAGAGGAGGUGCAGGGAAGAGGAGGCCCAGCGUGUGGCAGAGGAGCAGCAGGCCGUGGCACAGCAGCUAGAGGAGGCGGCACAGAAGGAGAGUGACCGCCUUCAGAAAAUGAAGGAGGAGGAGGCAGCCAGGGCCCGAGAGGAGGCGGAGCGACUGAGACAGGAGAGGAACAAGCACUUCCAGAAGGAGGAAGAGGAGCGCAUGGAGAGGAAGAAGCGCCUGGAAGAAAUCAUGAAGAGAACACGCAAGACUGAGGGAGGGGACAAGAAUGAUUCCUCUCAGCAGAAGGGUUCCCCUGCACCUCAGGUUGAUGGUAAAGACGUACAAAGAGACACAGAGAGCAGUGAAACACCCCCUGAUGACAACCAGCAUAACCCACAUACAACACAGUCUAACAAGGUGGAAGAGACUGUCCAGCCGCAGGGUGGCAUGAAAGUAAGCCCUGUGAUAAACGGUGUCCAGGCCACCGGCCAGCACAACGGCCUGUCUGACCUGCAGAUCAUUCAGCUGGCUAAUCACAGGGGUGGCAGCGACGAGGGGCGGGACAGGUCAGAGCCGGCCAUCCCCAGUGGUCCAAUCCAAGCCCUCGAGAGUGGGGAACCCUUCCUGAUGACAACAGGCUCUUUGAAGGCCCAGCAUGUUGCAGGAGUCCUGUGAAAGUUCAGAUGUUCUGGAAGACGAGCCUUAACCAGCAAAGGAGAGAAGUGGCUCUGUUUGCCUGCACAGCUGAAAUACACACCUGUGCCAAAUACAGACUGCUCUUAGAAGCCUGAGAAUGUGUUCUCUUGGUGAGAAUAUAACUCUUCAAGAGAAAACGAAAAACAAAAAGGUUCACAGUUCAUGGUUUCGUGGUGCAUCGCGGUUACAUUGUAUUUAAAUAUUUCAUUCUGCACCUUAAAUGACUGACAGCAUAAUCCAUUGCAGAGAACAUCAGACCAGAAUAUCUAUUUGAGAAACUAUAUGAUUUUCAAUAAUGUUGCAUAAUUGUUAUUAUGAUUAAUAUAUAAUUGUUGUUGUCGUAAUUACUGCUAGUUUUUAUGAGUUGACAGAAAGCUGUCUUGAUUAUUUCCGUGAAAGAGAGUUAAGACUGAAAUUAGAAUAGCUGAAUAAUAUUAGUGACACUUUUUGUGUUCGGCCUGAAUGAAGUUGUUGAAGAGUGUGACUGUGGAAUAAAACUCUCUUUAAAAGGGA